AUGUCAAAGCGACAUAACCUGAAAUCAGCUGUUCGCUGUCACUUUGACAGCCGCCUUAUCGCUAGCAAAAAAUGUGAAAUUUUAUCAAAAAGUCAAAAAAUGGUGUCGAAUGGUGACAACUGGGUCCGCAUUUUUGAUAUCCCUGAUAUCAGCAAGCACCGGAAGGGCUUUACCAUCUACAAAGUCAUCUCAAUGCUUUAUCCCGAGUCUUGCCCCGACGCGAUAACAAAAAUUACCGUCUGGAAACGUUUCAAUGACUUUAAGAAGCUCCACCGCGAAAUCAAAGUCUUGCACAAUAAAUUGAACAUCAAAGAGAAGUUCCCUAGUUUGCCCACCUCCACCUACUUCAAAAGGUUUAGUGACGAGACUGUGCAGGAGAGAAGACAGAGCAUUUUGAAUUUUUUGGAAUACGUCGGUUAUCACUCUCAGUUGUUCACUUCAAGCGAGUUUGUUAAGUUCUUUGAAACGAGUCACACGCCUGUUGACCAACUGAACGGUAAUAUUAAUGCAAUUAGAGCCGAUUUAAACUUACCUGAGGACCCUGAAUAUUGCAUAGCCAACUCUGAUGAUGAUCGCACGAUCAGCGAUACUGAUUCAGUAACAACAAAUAGCGAUUUUUUUGCCGAUUCUGUGCCUCAAAAAACCCUCUCUAAAUCCCGUUUAAGCCUCAGCCACUCGCACCAAUCCAAAAAUUCUGAUAACAUAAGUAUAUCCACGACCACUGACAGUAUAACACUAUUGGACGGUCAGAUUUAUCCAACGCCUCCCAAUACUCCCAGUUGUGCCGAGAAUUAUGCACAAUAUAUCAUAGACGCUUCAAUUCACGUAAAUAUUGCCACGGAAUUAGAAAACGAAAAGAAAUAUGAGGACGCUUUCACGGCUUAUAAAACCGCAAUUGAUAUUUUGCUGAAAUAUGGGAAAGACGAUAAAAAUUACGAUAGGAGACAAAUAGUGAGGUACAAAACUGAUAAAUAUUUACUGAGGGCCGAAAAAAUUUAUAACAUGCAUUUGGCCCCCGAAGUGCAAAGUCUGAAGCGAAUUACCGAAUCGGAGGAAAACGGCCAAAACGCCGAUCAAUACGUGCAACGACCCAUAUCCGACUUAUACAAAUAUAAAGUGGUCCGUGUUAUAGCCUCCGGAAUGUUGGUUUUGCAUUCCGAGCUCCAGCAACUCUUUUAUAUUAAAGUUAUACACAAGACUAUGAAAUUUCUGAACGACAACUUGAUUUUGCCCGAGAACGUGCCUUACAUGGUUAAGUUGUGCAAUUAUUACAAUUGCGAAAACGCCUUGUUUUUAGUGUUAGAGUACUGUAGCGGUAAAGCACUAUGGGAUUACGUGAAGUGCAGGUCUGAGGACCCUUCUGAUAUUUUUUACCCGAAUGAGGCGCAAAUCCUGCGCCAAGUGCACGAUAUGGAUCUUUCCGAUCCGGAAUCGGAGCAUAGUUACAGCGAUUUAAUCAACGAUUACGCAAGCAACAAAGGCAAAAACUCGACAAAAUGCGACGACGACGACGAUGAUUACGUGAAAGUCGAUCCGGGCUUUAAUAGAAACUUAAUGGACGAACCUGUCCCGUCCAAACUCCCCGAUUUAUUAAGAAAAUCAUCACGGAAGUUCAGCGAAAUGUCGAGCUUCGACGACUUGGAUCUGGCACAAAGUCUCCUCAUUCCACACGAGAACAUCGUCAAGUGGGCGGCGCAACUCCUACUAGCGUUGGAGAAAGUGCACGCCUUGGGAGUUGUGUGCCACGACUUGCAGUCUCGCAAUUUGUUAAUUGACGACGAGGGCGACCUGGUGCUCACCUACAUGUGUAACGUGAACGACGUUUUUGCCCCAGAAAGUUUACAAAACGUAGCACCGGAAAUUUUUUCUUUCGAACCGGUUACAACCGCCGCCGAUUGGUGGUGUUAUGGCGCUAUUUUGUACGAACUUUUGGUCGGAAUGCCUUUGUCAGAAAUUUAUCCAGAAGGGUUAACGAGUCAUACAGUUUUGAAAGUUCCCAAAUAUGUGUCACCAGAAGGGCGGUCUUUGUUGAGGCAACUUUUGACGUUUGAGCCGCAAAAACGGCUAGGUUUUGGGGCCAAUGGUCCAGAAAAUUUAAAAUCGCAUCCGUUUUUUCAUUCAGUUGAUUGGGAACAAUUGCUUUCAAAGUACAAUUUUAAAGUCUGAUUUUGUUAAGUGUUCAGUAUUUAGGUGCGUUGCUUAUUACAUUCCACGUGUUUUGUUGCUUUUGUACUAAAUAAAGUUUUGUUAUCUAUA